CUGGUGCAGUCAGCAAUAAAUAUCAUCUAAAAUUAUUUUACCGUGUUUAAAAACGUCAAAACAAACGAGCAUGCUUCUUGUUUUUGUGAUCAGUGUUCAGAAGCAAAACGUGCGGUGUUAGUUUUGUCAUUUUCAGAAGCAAAAUCAUCUAGUUCUGCAUUUAACUGGUUAAAAUGGGUCGAAAAGUAAACUUUGCUGAGGUACCGAAAAAAGGCCCUGGCCGGAAAUCCCGAAAACAAAAAGAUCCUACUUUCGACAAAAAGAUAUUCAAAGAUGGAGAAGAUGUGGAAGAAUCGAAGAAAUUGUCCCACCGUCAAAAGAUUCGAGCGAAGAAACGCCAACAGCAGAAGCUGAAAAAUCAAGAAUUAAAAGCUAAGAACAAGGAACGUAAGGCUAAGGCCGCCGAAACAGAGCGUAAAGUAGCCUUGGAAUAUAACAGCGAUGAUGAAUCUGAAGAGGAAAAUAAAGUACAAAAUCAGCUACCUGUCCGGAUGGAUGUGCAGAAAAGUAAGGCCAAAUAUGCAAAAGUCACUAGCAAAGCUAUUCAACAGGCUUUACCGAACAAGAGCAAAAAUGAAGAAAUCGAAUCCGAUGACAAUGGCUCUUCCGAUGAUGACGGUUCUUACGAAGGAACGGAAAACAAACGAGGCCGAGAUAUUUUAGCCAGUGACGAAGAUUCUGACGAGUCAGAAGAACGACGCACUAAAAUUGGUAAAUUGAAAGAUUUUAUGGACUCGGAUGAGGACGAUAGUGAUGAGGAUGCUGCAGAUAGUGACGAAGAUGAAGUCGCAAUGGAAGACGACGAAGAGUUGGGAUCCAUGUUACCCAUUGAAAAGGCCGGGAAGAAGCUAAAGAAAAAACUUGCCGAGGACAAGCGCUUAGCAGACGCAGAAAUGCAAGACCUAGUAGCGAAUAAAGAAAAGUUUCAGUUUCCGGAAGAUGAACAGAAUGUCCCUUCAAAUCUGCAGGAUAUACAUAUGCGCAUCAAAGAAGUUAUCGGAGUAUUGGCCGAUUUUUCCGUUAAUCGCGAUCCCAACCGCUCCCGGUCAGAAUACAUGGAACUGUUGUGUAAAGACUUAUGCAUAUACUAUUCGUACAACGAGUUCUUCAUGCAACUUUUAAUGAAGCUAUUUUCCCCGAACGAACUGCUUGAAUUUUUGGAGGCUUCUGAAGUGCAGCGGCCGCUGACAAUUCGAACCAACAGUCUAAAGACCCGUCGUCGUGAUUUGGCACAGGCCCUCAUCAAUCGAGGUGUUAAUCUGGAUCCGAUCGGAAAAUGGUCAAAGGAAGGACUAGUGGUGUAUACUUCGCAGGUUCCAUUGGGAGCAACUCCUGAGUAUCUUGCCGGUCACUACAUGAUUCAAGGAGCGUCUAGCAUGUUGCCAGUAAUUGCCCUGGGCCCAGAAGAGAACGAACGGAUUUUGGAUAUGUGUGCAGCCCCUGGUGGGAAAAGUUCGCAUAUCGCUGCGUUGAUGAAGAACACGGGAGUUUUGUUCGCAAACGACGUGAACAAAGAUCGUCUUCAAGCUGUGGUUGGCAACUUCCAUCGACUGGGAAUUCAGAACGCCAUUGUUACAAGUAUUGAUGGUACUAAAUAUCAGAAUGUUAUGACAGGAUUCGAUCGAGUGCUGCUGGACGCGCCUUGCACAGGUUCCGGGGUUAUUUCUAAAGAUCCCAGUGUGAAGACAACAAAAACGGAAGUCGACAUACAGCGUUGUUAUAAUCUUCAGCGUAAAUUGCUUCUGACUGCUAUUGAUUGCCUGAGCGCCAAUUCCGAAACAGGAGGAUAUUUGGUGUAUUCUACGUGUUCUAUUCUACCGCAAGAAAACGAAUGGGUUGUAAAUUAUGCCCUCCGCAAGCGAAAUGUUCGGCUCGUUCCUACUGGUUUGGAUUUCGGCAAUGAAGGGUUUGUAAACUUUGCUGGUCAAAAGUAUCACCCCUCAAUGAAACUGACUCGCCGAUUUUAUCCACACACUUACAAUAUGGAUGGAUUCUUCGUGGCCAAAUUGCAGAAAUUUUCAGAUGCCAUUCCAAGCUCCAAGAAGGAGGAUACUGAUGAAGAAGAAGUUGGCGAGGAGAAUCAAGAACCAGAAGAAACAGAUUUACCGAAAAAGAUCGACAAACGUGAUUGGUUCUACAAGGAUGUAAUUGAGAAGCGUAAGAAACAGCGGGAGGAUCCGCAUCAUGUAGUGAAAGUUUUCGAAAAACCAUCGAAAAAUAAAAAGCAAGACAAACUUCCCGUUAGCAAUGGCACGCCAGCAAAACCAACUGUAACUAUUAAACCGGAAGAAGUCUCCAAAACACCUAACAUAAAAUCCGCAAAAAAUAAAAAACAAGUAAAGACUCCGGUUGACGACAGCACAUCAGCUACACCGGUUACGAAGAAAGCCACUGCUACCCCGAAGCAGAUCGAUGCACCCAAGAUGUCUAACAAAAAAAUGGAACCAUCAGAGAAGAAAUUGAAGAAGCGUAAGUCAUUGCCAGAAUCAACUGAUCUACCGGGAACACACGAUGAUGCAGAUGCUCAAAGGACCCCAAAAUCUAAGAAACUUAACAAAAGGUUAUCGCUUCCUGGAUCAUAUAUUCGUAGUAACAAAAAGUAGUUGUAUAUGGGUACUUUAUUUGUUGCAGAUUUAAAAUAAAAGGAAUUGAAAUUAUA